UCAGGUUAAUAGCUUGCCAAGAAGCGUGACAGUCAUAGCAAGUAAUUAACUUGUUAAAUCGUGUUGUUUAUUAACAAGGUCAGAGUACUUCUAUUUCAUUCCGCGAAAGCUUCCAUCCUCGUGUACAUUUUCGCGGUGCCAUUACUUUAGCGCGAUCAAACCGAGAUCCCAAAUCGCCUCAGGAGAAAACGUACCGAAACAUCUAUCGUAGUUCCAUGAAUAAUUACUUUUAUGUUUGAAUCCAGCGGCCACAAAAUCUCGAUAUAAACAAGGGAGUUCGUGUUGGGGGCAUCAGCGAAUCGAGAUGGGAGUGAAAGGAUUGUGGGAAUUAAUAAAACCGGCAGGAAAGCCUGUGACAAUAGAGACCCUUCAGAACAAGAUUAUCGGAGUUGGUAUCCUUGCUGUCUUCAGAUCACAUUUAAGGCAAAAUAUAUAAGCUUACGUACCUCUAGUUCUGUUACAUUUUACUCUUUAAUGUUAUCUCACGUAGACUGAUGUGAAAGUAUUCACCAAUCUUGAGUCUGCUUGGGUGUGAGCUACGAUUAAGCCUAUCACGCUAAAUGGAAUUAAACUAUGGGGUGAAAAUCAUUUAUUUUAUCAGUUUGUGAUAAAAUCAAGUAUCAGAGCUGCAGAACUGUUUGAAAGAAAAUUGUGCAUUCCGUUGAGUUUGGUUUCACAUCUGAAUCUUCAAUCCAAGAUAAUUGUGGAUGUUGAUAUUUUACAAGUGCAGUUCAGUUUUCCAGACAACGAUGUUUCAAGAAAUUGAAAAUAUUUUCAGCCAAUCAUUGCAUAUAAAAAACACCAAGAGAUGACCUUUUUUAGUUUGUCUCACAAUGGAGUCACUUUGGAUGCUGAUCGCAACAUUUCGACAGCAAUACUGCUAGUCUUCAUCAGGCAAUGAGGUCGAUUGUUUACAUGUCGCUAUUUGCAGUGAGGUACAUAAAAGACACUAUUUACAUAACGACUAUCCUAGUCUAUGAUAUACCGCGAAUUAUUAUGUGAUAUAUCUUGAUCAUCAAAUACUUGACUAGAUUUUUCAGUUGUCUUGAUGUCAAAGUCUUUUAUAACCUUGAUGCUAAUGAACAGAUAUUAGUUUGCUGCUGAAUCAGUCUGUUAAGGGAAUGCGGGGCAGGCAUGGUAAUCCUUUGGCCACAGCACACCUGGCAGGAUUGUUUUCCUCAACCUGCAAGCUGCUGUCUCAUAGAAUAAAACCAAUAUUUGUAUUUGAUGGUGCAGCCCCAGAACUCAAGGAUAAGACUCUGGUAAUGAAUCAGUAAACAGUAAACAAUAGAACAUGUAAAUCAGUCAAAUGUGAACCACCUUCAAGAUGGUGAUAAAUGUGCCUAACACCUUGGAAUCAUAAAUCUUAUGGACACCAACUAUUCCUUACAGUAACUUUUUGCUAAAAUCAGUGAAAUAGCCAGUGUGCCCUUGAAUAACAUGAUAUUUAAAGGUUUUAAACCCUAAGAUCCGAUUUAUAAUUUUCCAUCAUUCAUAAGUGUAUACAUAGCUUUAAUGAACUUUUUUUUUUUGAAGAUUUUUGGUGUAAAUUUGUUUUUCCUAUGAAGUUGCAUGUAAUAUUUAUAUUGCAGAUAACCCUAUUAAUUCUCAUGACUAGUUUGCCGGUGAGGUAUUGAUGUCAUAGAAAGACUUAAAAACAUUUGGGAGUGUCCACAUAAAGAAUAUGGUCUUAUAUUGCCAGUAAAGGCAAUGGAUUAAUAAGUUAUAAAUUUUGUCAAUCUUUGAAGCAAUAAUGAUGAUAAAUUUGAUAUAUUUUGUCAUUUUCUUUAACAGGCUGCAAGAAGAGAUCAAAGGUUUAAGGCUGUCCAUAAGUCUAAGAGUGCUGCAGAGAAAAUGUUGAAAAAUAAAUUGCGUUGUGAAGAUAUCAAAAAAGUCAUUAAACAAGAAAGGUAUCUCUACCUGUAUAAAUUGUACAAAAAGUUUAGUAUUAAUUUUGGAAUCUUGUAAUUUUACCAGCUGUUGGAAUAGUUUGGGCAAAAAUUUGUUCCAAAAGCCAGCCUGAAAACAGUUGAUGUAUAAUUAUGUAAAACUUGUAAUUUUGAAAUUUCUUUAUUUGUUCAUCAAGAAAAUGAAUUUUUCUUUUCCCAGGUCAGAUUUCCCUUUGUUAAAGUUUGUUUUUCACAUCUUGUUCUCUUUUGCUGGCAGUCCAAGUCAGGCAAACAAUUCAAUCUAUAGUUGGUCUGAAGUUAACCCUUUAACUCCCAAGAUCUGAUUGUUAAUUCUCCCCUCUAGAUGCUACACAUUUCCUUGUAAAUUAGUUACAAGAAUUUGGUGUUAGAUCACAAUAAUAAGUUUGAGCAUUCUUGUAACCUGUUUGCAAGAUUAAGUGCGGCUAUUACUGGUAUAGGGAGAAGUUACAUGUUGAUUGACUAUGAGGUCAAAGGGUUAAUAAGUUAUCUAAAAUUUUAGGAUUUUGUUGGUGAAAGUGCAUUAUAGUGAAUGUUUUUUUAGCACAAGUACAGUUCUGGCCAGUGUAAACCUGAUAAAACAGGAUGCAUUUAAACCAAAACAUACUCCACUGCCUUCAGAUACCCUGGUAUCGUGUAUUAAGAGGUGAGAGUUUAUGAGUAUGAAAAUUGACUUUAUUGAGCAAAAGCUGUUGGUAAACUUUUCAGCUGACUAAGUUUAUGACUCACAUUUGUAAAUGAGUAAUAAUAUUCAUGAAAAAAUUACACGUGUCUGAUUGGCUUUAAACGAGUGCCUUUUUCAUUUAACACAAGUGCAAAGUUGUCACACAAGUGCAAAUUACAAAUAGCAUGUGCCCACUGCCAAAAUUUUGUCUGUCUUGACUUUCAGUGAUGUGAUUUUAUGUAAAUUACUAUCAAGUAACAAUAUGAUUUUGAGUGCUAUUUUGUGUCAAUAAGCACUUUUAAAUUUUUCUGAGACUUCAAAUUGCACUUUCCUUACGUGCUAGGGCAAUUUUGUUGUCUUUGAAUAAUUUACUCAUGCUUAGUAACACCAAAUUGCACUCAAAAACAUGUUGUUACCAAAUAUACAAACAUAAGACUCUACUUGUAAAUCUUUGCACUCAAAUUAAGUGGAGCAGGUAUACUGAUAUUUCAUUUUCUCAAUGUGCACACUGAUGACCUACGUGUGGCCAUUGAAGCCUUAUAGAGGGGAAUUAUCCCAACACAUGUUAAUGCUAUUUCACAGAAAAUUUUAGUGGAGCAAUAAUUGCUUAAUUAAUUAUUGCCUUUACUUGUUAGCUGUGUGUUCAUUGAAAUAUAAAACUCUUGGGAACUUUGGCAAACAUUCAGGAAGCUGGAAUUGCUAAAGGAAAAUUUAUCUUGCUCUCUAACUUCAAGCAUGCUUCAUAUCUCAGUGAAGGCACUCUGAGUGCACAAAGGAAAUAAUUGUCAGUCAAGUUCAUCCACUAACCAGUCUUGUGGCUUUUGUCCUGUUCAGGUCAUUGCAAGGCAAAGCAAAGGCAAAUACAAGCAUUUCCUCUCAGUUGUUUUCAAAUAGUCACACUGUCGUGCCAGCUUUGGAGAAACAUGAUUCUUUGGAAGUAUUGAAAAUUGGAAUGGAUUGUCCUGUGGAACCUAAGGUGAGGUGGUCUAUUCUUAAGGUGACAUGGCAUGUUUCUAAGGAAAUAUAGGAGGUAUCACACUAUUACCACCAUGACCAUUUAUCCAAUGUCAUAUAUGAAAUAAGUUGACUGCUGCCCUCAUAAAGUAAGAUAACUUGUACAAUAUUCAACAGUUUCUAUGAGACUUUCCCUUGCCCUGUGGCCAAAGUUUAGAAUAUAUUGGUAAUGGACUGAUCGAAGAACAUUGAAAACUAGUAAGCUUUUUGACUAUCUUCAGGAUAGAAGGUAAUAAAAUGCAUACGUAACACUUUUAGCAAGAGAUGGAUGGCAUAUGGGCAGAACAGAAGUCUCUUGCAGCAGAACUUGCCAGGCAGAAUCGCCGGGCAGCUACAGUGACCCCUCAGAUGUACAUCGAUUGUCAGGUACAUCAAAGCAUUAUUAACAUCUCCAUGUACUAUUAGUUUUAAAACAAUGUUGUUGUGCUUAUUAUCCCUUCUUUUAUUCUGUUCUCUCUCCUCCUUCUUCUCGUGCAUUUUUUCUCGCAGGUUACACCUUAACACAGCCUUUGCGUCCUCCCCUUCCUCUUCGUGUCUUUUUAAUCCAGUUCCCGCUCCUUUCCAUUCCUCCUCUACAAAUUCUUUCUUACCCUUCCUUUAAUUCUCAGUUUCAUGCUGUCCCUCCCCUCUUCGUGCCUCUUUUAUCUUGUUUCCGCCCAUUUCCAUCCCUCCUCUUCUGUUUCUUUCUUACCGUUCCUUUCAUUCUCAGUUUUAUGCUGUACCUACUCCUCUUUUCGUUUCUCCCUUUUGUACUCCGUCCAUUUUCCCUUUAGUUGAUAGAUUGUGGAAAGACUUGCUUGUGCGGUUGAAUGUCGUGUUAAAGGCAUUAAAAACGCACUAACGCAUCAAUUGAAGAAGAGGCUAUUACAUUUCGCUUCCUUAAGUGCUCUUUCUGAUAUGAGAUGGCAGCUCAUCAUCUUAUCUUCCAUAGAAACCUCAGUUAAUUGUAGUAUUCCUGAAUGCAAGAGAUGAAGAAUUUCUCCAGCUAGUGCAGUGUCGAUUGCCAAGUAAACUUCAGUUCGUGCCGCAGGCAGUACAUUAAAUUACUUUUUUCUUUUACCUCAGGAACUACUACUGAAGUUUGGUGUUCCUUAUGUGAUAAGUCCGAGCGAAGCCGAAGCCCAGUGCGCCGCAUUAGAACUAGCUGGUAAAACAGAUGGAACUAUUUCAGACGACAGUGAUAUAUUCCACUUUGGCAGUAAACGAGUGUAUAGAAAUAUCUUCGACACUAAAAUGGAAGCAGAGGAAUACACAAGUGAUGCAGUGAAGAGAAAGCUACGUUAGUCUGAAGUUUGUCGAUUACCGUCUGUAUUUUUUAAUUGAAAUCUCUUUUUUGAAACGUUUAUAGGAAAUAUAAAGCGGGAAAGUUAUAUUGGUGAAAGCGCGCUUUUCGCGCUUUUCGAUUGGCCGUUACAACGGCCAAUCAGAAGAAAGGAAAAUACAUUUAAGAGCCAAUGAGAAUUCAAAGUGAAAACAAGGCGACCAAGUCGUGAUUUGGUUUUUUAGUUUUGCAUCUGAUUGGUUGAGAGAGUGGCGCCAGUUUUCUGGACCAAUCACAUAACAAGUUAAGCAAAACUAAUGCCAUCAUAAUUUACUUUUGACACUCAGUUAAAAAUUACUCUGACUUAAAAAAAACGUGGAACACUUAACAGGAAAAAGCGUAGAAAAAACGACUGUAUCCGGUGCUGAAUGUUACGUGAAAAACGCGAGGCUGAUUUAAACCUUGGGAGAAUAACUUUCCAACGAGUGUGUGGAUUAUGAAAACUCAUGAACUCGUUAAAGAUCCGCUCUAACGUGAUAGCGUGCAUCCUAAAGUGCGGUUGUACAAUCAUGAAAAACCGGAGAAGUCGCCAAGGUCAUUCUGAAUACAGAUAAAUGUUACUUGGAGCCAGUGAGAGGUCAAAUUAAAGAUGACUGAAUAAACUCAAGUUGAAACAACGAGUGAACUUGUAGGAUUGGUUAUAGUUUUUCAUUUGAUUUCUUGAAUAAGUGACACGAGUCGUCCUGGCCAAUACCUUUGAACAUGUCUGGUUAACACUGUUAGCUUGUUUUCAAGUCAGUUCCCAGUUUCAAGAAAAGAAAAGGUUCCAUAAUUUUAGUCGUUGAAUGUAAAGCCAACCAGUGCGGCUAAAACCUCUGUAUUUAACCAUUUUCUUCUGUUCGUUUUCUUUCUCUUUUCACUUAUUAAUGUAUAAGUUUUUAUUAGUUCUAGACCGUUCGAGUCUUAUCUGCCUCGCCUUCAUCACCGGAAGCGACUACACUGAUGGCUUAAAAGGUUAGAAGCUCAUCGUAUGACAAGGAUGUUAUAAUGGACAACCUUGAUGAUUUGCGUCGUACGAAGUUCAUGAUCGAACCGUAAAACAUGUGUAGUUUAUAAGUCGUAGAAAAUAAUGCAAAUUGAUAAAAAUUGGGCAGUUUCGAGUCUUUGCCCAUGAUCAUCGGUAUGGUGUUCUUGGUCAAGACACUUAUUACAUUUAUUCCCACAAAUUACCAUUUCCAUCCAGGAGUACAAAUGGGUGACGUUGGAUCGUCAGGGUGGGAAGGGAGGGUAAGACAGAGGCUCUUGUGAGAGCAAGCUCAGAUUUCCCUUUUUAAGUGUCUUGGGUGUUUAUCAUGACGGAUAAUGAUUCUCGUCUUAAAAAAUAAGAAGUCAGCUCGACUCAAAUCGUCGCAGAAGUUAUAAGCAGAAUUUUUCUACUCACGAAAGACUUCAUUAAAUGUGGGAGAGGAGCUUGUUCGAGGUCAGAGUAUGUGCCCCAAAGAAAUUUAAGAUUUUCUUUUCUCGGUUGGAACAACACGUGACUUCAACUAACUAACUCAACUAACAAGUUGUUUUAUGGAUUUUUCUUUUGCAGGGUUUGGAGGAGUUAAUGCCAUGGAGAUUCUUCACGAGUUUUCUAUUAAAGAUUUCGAGGGUCUUGAGCAGUUUAGGUAGGUUAUUGUGGGAUUGAUGCUUGAUUUAAUAACUAGUUCGUUCAGUUUAAGACCAAGCCAACACUACGGGGGAUAGAUGUAAAAAUUAAUUUUUAUUACUACUGUAAUGUCCACUGUCCUCAUUGAUCGGGGUAAAUUUGAAUUUCAACCCACAGCGAAGCUUUUCGAGGUUCACAUAGAUAAUUAUAUCAGCAGAUCAUCAUGAAAUCUUUGGUCGUGAUUCCGUCCUGAUCAUCGUAAUCGUGUUAUUUUGUGUUUGUGGGUAGCUAAUGGCAUUUUAUCUGCGUCAAUUCUUUAGAUCCUGGCAUGAAGAAGCCCAAAAAGGCCCGAGGGAUCCCCGCGAAGGCAGAAUUAGGAAGCGUCUUGUAAGAAGCUCAAUUUAACUAGCCCAUAUUGUGGACAUUUUUAGGGUAAUUAACCAGUGAAACCUGCUCAAGUAUCGUGCCAGUGAAUAUUUCGAUGCUAACUUAGAACUAAAAUAGAUAAUUCAAGUCCUAUUGUGGGUUAUCAAUUGUUUCUCUCUGCCUUUUUUGCUUUGUAGAGAGGUGUGGUGCUGCCAAGUGACUUUCCAUCUAGAGCAGUUUAUGACGCUUAUAGCAAUCCGGCGGUAGAGAAACAAACAGGGGAUUUUGAAUGGAAACAUCCAGACCUGGAGUUCCUUAAAUCAUAUCCUUUCCAAGUUAACCUUAUCAGUAUGUUUGUAUCUUUAAAGGCCUUACUUGAAUCAGGAACAUUCCAUGCAACAUGUCCUUUAAGGACAACAUGCAACUGUUGCAAAAUAAAUUGUCAUGCAUAAUUGUAUUUUUUUCAAAAUUUGAAUUUCCUUUACCAGGAUGCAUGGAGACUUGUCCUGUAAUUAAUUAUUCUCUGUGUCGUGAUAUUGCCUAGAUUCCGGCCAGCGGUUAUCACGGUAGUAGUACCUAGGGCCACCAUAUACAAAAAUGGGCAUCUAAUAAUUAUUCAUUGGUAGUGUGACUUUGUUUUUUUUUUGUUAGUUCUGUUCUUUGUACUUUGUUAUAUACAUAUGUGCGUUUUCGUACGCUUCCUGUUCUUGAACGAGAACCACAACACUCGGUACUCUCGUUGUCCGCUUGCUUCGUAAUAUGUUGAUAACACAAGGAGAUAAGCAUCACUAAUAACUCCUUAACAUUCUCACAUUUGCUUUCAAAAUCCUUGGCUGGACUGAAGCCAAGACAAACGAGGUUCUAAAUCCUUUGAUCAAGCGACUCAGUGAAAAAAAGGUAAAUUAGAGGCAGGAAUGUUAGUCUUAAGCGAGAGUAAUGGUAAUUCUUGGUGCACACUGAUUUCAAGACUUUACCCGACGAAUUAUGUGCUUUUGUAAUCUUGUUUUUCUUUGCGCGACUUCUCGCUAUUGCACGCGGGAACGAAGUUACGUCCCUGUUUCCGAUUUCCUGAAAAGUGGUUGGCACCUAACUGAGUAUGGAAGAUUUAACUUGGUGUUUAUUUUUCGUGAAGAAAGUGUUAGAAUUAUCCAACACUUGGGUUGCACUUGAUCGAAGUGCAAGGCAAACCUGAAAAAAACCAAAAACUUCUAACCCUAACCCUAACCCUAACCCUAACCCUUACCCUAACCCAUUAAAUUAACAAUUUCUACAGAGUUUAAAUGAACUCUAAUCUUAGGCCAGUGUUAUCAUGUUCUGAAUGGCGCGGUCCUGCGGCGCCGCUGUUAAGUGGGCUAAAAGCUUUUCCAGGGAAAGGGUUCGUAUUUUUUCGAUCUGGAGACAUUAGGCUGGCUGUUAUCGUUAUUUACUAAUACCGCGUGAUCGCGUUGAUAACUAGAUCCCGUUGAGCAAAAAGUUUUAUCCAAACGUUUUUUGUCGUGAGCAAUGUCGAGAAAGUUUCUCACGAACAUUACGAAAAAAUGUCUAUUUACUUUAAUAAUUUUAUCAAAAACAGUAACCUCGAGGUCUAAUUUUUGUUUGAAGUCUCGGUCUAACUUAAACUUUGCUGAGAUAGUCAGAACUCUAACUGACAGAUGUUACUUCUUUUAUAUCCUCUUCAUUCCUGAAAGCCUUUUCUCGUUCUCCUAUCAGAUAGGGAGAUACUCAAUAAAUAUCGCAGCCGGAGGCUGAAUGAUGUGUAUACAAUAUAAUUAUAAUCUACCAUAUUAGUUGAUUCUUUUUCUAUGUUUUCCUCUUUUGUGUAUUUCAACUGUUCUAGGCUAUUAUUUCAAAGAUCCCGUGGCGUACAACAUGUUUGCAUAUACCUAAUAAGUUCAUGUUGCUUUACUUCCAGACACAAAUGAAGAUCGAUCAGUUUUUCAACCACGUAACGGUUUACUGUGACAACGUAAAAGUCAAGAGCAAACGUAUUCAGCGAGUAUUAAAACCACCUGGUAAUCAGUUAUCGAGUGGAAAAGGCGGCAAAAAGGACAAGAACAAAAACAUAAAAAAUCGAAAUCCAAAAGCUGAUAAAAGACCUCGUAAAAUAACCAAUGAAAAGCAGUUCAAAAACAAAAAGAGGUCAUAUUCAACAGAACUGAAUAGAAAUAAAUUAAAAAGUGAAGCUGCUGUUAUUCAAUCGAAGGUACCAAAGAAGGAAUGAUGAUGAUGUGUGCGUUAUAUAAACCUACAGAAUUCAUUAACCAGCGAGAAAAUUCCCCUCUUAGAGAUGUAAAGCAAAUACUAGAUUAAAAGCUCUGUCUUUUUAUGUAUUUAUUAAUUUUUUUUUUCUCCGCACCCGUAUUUUAACAUAUAUGUACAAUAAUUGGAAUACAGGUUAUAGGUUUUUUUAUGAGAAAAAGUUAAGUCUUAAUUCCAAGAAAUUAGAGAGGAGGAAGGCAAAUCCAGAAAACUAAUUUUGUGCCCCUUAAAAGUUAUUAUGAUGAAAAAAUAUUUGCAAAAAAAACGUGACCUAUGCGCCUAAUUACCUAUAUAUUGAGAGCAUUCUAUCACCUAUGACGUAUUUGUCUUUGUGAGGCAGGCCUGACGACAUUUGAACCAAAAAUCUUAAAGGGAGAAGACAUAAGUCCUGCGAAAAGAAAGAAAAAAGACAUAGUUUCAUCUAGAUUUUCUAGAAGGUCUUUAAAGGCAUGUUAUUGCAUUUUUCAGUGCCGUUUUACAGUAAUGAGAGAUUUAACUAAAGUUCUUACUUCAAGAAGAUAUCUUCUCAUCCCCGAGAGACUGGAAGAGCUUGUAUCGGAUUUAUUUGUCAGUUGCGAUUAACCAAUAAAUAAGUGCUAUCUUAGAAUUGAUGUGUUGUUGAUAAAACCUUACAUAAAUAGAACUCUUUUAACCGGCUGAAAUUUUACCUUCAAAUGAUUUUGGUUUAUGAUGGCAUCAAAUAUUGUUUUUUUUCAUAUUUAAUUGUUCUACUGCAGUUUUAUGUCAAGAGGAUACUUCCAUAUUUUCUCGUUCAAGGUACAUCAAAACGCUUGAAGAUAAGGAGCUUGUGGGGUACGCUUCCAAAAGGUUUGAUUCUUCCAGUCUGCUAUCGUUUGGUCAGGAACGUCUCAGAAAUACGUCUUCCACGAGCUUCAAGCUGUCCUUCAAGAAGGACGGCCAAAUAACAUGUGAAUUGAACAAGUAAGGCAUGUCAAGUGUGAACGAAAACAUCCCCACUGAUCAGGAGGGUGCUAUUUUUUUGAUGCUACUAAAGGUAAAUCCAGUUUGACUUAGCAUUGAUGAUUAUGUUGGGUUUGCAAUAUGAUCAAAACGAGAGAGGACUUCGGCCGUCUUUUAUGUAAAGUUAUAGUAAAUGUUGGUUCCUUUUGAAGUGAAGAGUAUCUUUAAUUUCGACAGAACCACUCCAAUUCUAACAAAAGGUUCUGGAUGGGGUUAACAGACAAACGGCCAAAAUCUUACCUGAAAACUGACAAAUGGCUGAAAAUCUAACUGACAACUGACAUUUAUGGUGGGCUUUUGCUGAAAGCUGACAAAAGACCGGAUCGCCCUAAAUAUCCUAAAAACUGGAUGUAAAACGAGGACGGUUGAUUCAUUUUGUCCAAUAAAAGUACGUUUUUUAUUACAUAUCCAUAGGAGUACGCCACAGUGUCAUAUUUCGUAAAUAAUUAUCGCAUGGACAAUCCACAUCAAGGUCAUAUAUCACAUAUCGGUUAUAUGAUCUUUGAUGCCCAACUCGAUCGUCAACUUACGCGAUGGCCGUCGAUGCUGGUAUUUUAAAAGCUUUUAUCGAUUUGAUUCGGAAACGGAAUUUCAGCGUCACAGAAGCUGCAUUCUUAUUAAUGAUGUACACACCGUACUGGCGCUGAAAAGGCAUCUUAUUUCGUUCCUUGGUUUAAAGGAAUUGUCCAGUAAAUAUGGCCUCGGAGAUUUUUAUGUGAAACUUUAUCACACGGCUCCAAAAUCAGGGGGAAGAGCGACAAUUUACCUUAACUACGGACGAGCAAAGGAGUCUGGAGCUUCCGACCAUGCUGGCUGGAACAGGAAGCGAAUCAAACA